AUGUCUCAAACCCGUUACCUACAGGCUUAUCAGAAACUGCUUCAUUGCCAGAAACCCCUCUUGUUACCAGGCUUGUACAUUCCAAGCGUAACAGCAAGAACAACUUUGUUGGCCAGACAAUGCAGCAGGAUGCAUGUGAAAGACUUAUCAACAAAACCUCUCAGUGGCAGAAAGCAGCCCUCGCAAAAACCAGGCAAACCAGGCCGCAUUCUUCAAAGCAGCUUGCUAGGCCAACUCCUGGGUCUAGAAUACAAUGGCAAUGAGCACAAUUUCUCUCAUAAAGAACUCAACACUGUUCAGAUACUCAAGGAUACCAUUUGCUGCCACAAUGUUCCAGUUCAGACAACAAUGAUCCGGACAACACUCCCCAUCCCUAGUGCAUACGCACUGGAUGGGCAGCAAAAUGAUUACACUGACUCGGUUUCAUGGAUAGCAUGGAACCGGCCCAAGGAAAAUGGUAAAGAUCGGGCCUUUUGUGAUAUUAACAUCUUCAUUGAUCACAAUAUGUUCAUGCAGUAUCAAGGCGAUGGAGUCAGUCACAAGGCAACUAGAGGGUGGGACUCUUUCCUGCAGAAGGAGUCCCACCACCGAGCAAGGCACAAGGCUGGUGGGGACAAGCAGGAUUUGGAAUACAACAUCCAGGGCAGUGAGGAAGAUACCAACACCACCAUCUACCUCACCAUGCCCCAGACCCAUCUCAUGAAGAAGAAGCUAUCUUCACAGGCUAUGUGGCCAGACAAGGACCAGGCCCUGCUCAUAGAUUAUAUUAUAGAGAACUGGAAAGAAGUAUGCCCAGGCCAAACUCUCCAGAAAGACUUUUGGAACAAGGUAGUAGCACAUUUAGCGCCGCACCACAUAAUCAAAACUACAUAUAAAAGCCUUAAAGGACUGAUCAACCAUGGAUCCAAUAUACAUCAUGACUUGUCAACGGGUCUCACAAUCACAGCAGAGAGCAAGACCCAGUGGAAUGAUUUUGUUAAGCAAUAUCCGCUGGUAGCUGCCCAUGCUUUCCGUACACCUGAGGUCAUAACAACAGGAGCAGCUGUUUCUGUCACCUUGGCUCCUGCUUCAACCACCAUCAUUGCACAUCCGUCAGGCCAAUCUGCCGGUUCAAAUUUUACUGCACGUAUAGCACCCAGAAUACCAUUGAGUACUCCAUCUGGUAGCACUGCAGGGCCUGCUAUACCAUCCAAUACCCCCAAUGUUGUCGGAGACUGGCUUGGUGACCUCCCUUCACCCUCCUCUAUUUUACCCCCUCCCUCCUCAUCUGUACGGUCGGGCAUGUCAGUUUCUUCGAAGGGGAGCAAGGGAAAACGUAGAGAGCAUCAGCCAGACACUGUUUCAGUCAGUAUAAGCCAUGUUACUACAAGUACAGGCACUGGCCUGGACACCUCUAGCGCCAUGUCCAUCUCAAGCUGGACAUCCAAAAAUCCUCGCAUCCUCGCCAUGAAUAAGCUCUGUGGGGUACUUAACAACCAUCUCACAAACAUUGUCCUCGCCAUCUUGGAUAUACGUGAUGCUGUGAAAAAAGAGCAGCAAGUGCUCAACCACACUAAGGAAAUGUUGGAUGCAAGCACUGCUGCCCCCAUCUUAUUGCCUCCUAAUGUCCCCAGAACCAAUCCUACAUCUAUCCCUAGCACCCGCUCUACUGCUGCACCUGCUGCACUUGCUACACCUACCAUUGCAGAGAUUGCGGACACAAAUGCUACAUGUCUGCAACUUGCACUUUGGCACCUGCACAAGCAUGAUCGCCACUUACCAAUGCAGGUCCUCCUGCACAUUGUUGAGCUGUUCAAGUCAGACACAACCAUGGUGGAAUUGUGUCUUGCAAUGUCACAAUGGGACAAACUUUGUUGUCUAUGGUUAGAAUCCUUCAUUUAUGGUGUAUAG